UAAUCAUGUGAUGUCGUGAAAUAGAAAUAUCUAGAAUAGUGUGGGGUUUUUUACGUGAUCAUGAUGUACGCUGAAUCUGAUUGCAACUUGUUUUGUAUGUUUGGACAGAAAUUGCUGCAUAAGCUGAUGCUUGCCAUGUUUCUGUAUAUGGCCUUCUGCUGCUCGUCGGUUCUCAAACCGAGAUCUGACGACUCUGAUUACAAGGAUGUUGGCCACACGUACCUGGUGGACCUACAUCUACCAGACGGCAGCACCCGUUCAGUAACUUGUAUCAAGUGUGGUCCGGGCACCCACGUCAAAAAACACUGCACGGAAGAUUUUCAGUACUCCACAUGUGAAGAGUGCGAGGAUGGAUAUUACUCCAUAGGGUGGAAUCGAGCAGAGAGAUGUGCUAACUGUCUGUACAAAUGUACCGACAAAAACGCGAAACUGACAAAAUGUUCAAAAAAUGGAACAAUAGAGUGCACAUGUAAUCCAGGCUUUAGACUUGAAGUUGAUGAUGUGACAUUGGAUUUAAAGCAUUGCCAGCUGAACAGCACGUCAGAUGUGGACGGGAGUCGAGGAACUGACCCCCCGACCAGAGGAACUGACCCCCCCAUGAGAUGUGCGGUGGUGAUCAAUGAGGAGAACGGUCAGUGUGUGAAGUGCAACAUGUGUCAACGUGGGGAGUCCAUCAAGAGGUUCGGCUGUAAGGUGGUGCACGGGAAAAAGUGUUUGAAAGGUACAUACAUAACAGAUAGGAUAGCACAUACCACGGCCUUUGAUAUACCAGUCGUGAUGCACAGGUUGGAACAAAAAAAUACCCUAACGGGGAUCAGUCCUAAACUGACCACACAUCAAAUGAGCGCUUUACUGUUGGUCUAUACCACGCCCCUCGGUACAUAUUUAUAGAUAUAUAUAUGUAUAUAUACACACACACACGCAUAUAUAGAGAUUAUUGCAUGAGCGGGAGUGCCAUGCAGAAUUUAUGGAAUUUAUGAAAUGAGUUUGGGAUUUCUGUUAUUCCAUAAGCGAGAGCAAGUGGUACGCAUGUUUAAUAC